UUACUCCCUGAAUUGUACUUCACCUGCACUAAUUAUUAUUACAAAUUAUGAUUAUUAUGAUUAUGAUGUAAAUGUACAAUGUAAACUUUUUUCUUUGUGGUUGGACAUCAUGUCUGAGUGCCAAAAUGACUCAGCGUAUACAUGUAGUUGUGAAGAGCUUGUUUAUAGACCAUGUUUGUUUUGAAACAAGUUAAAAUUCAUAAAUCGUAUGGAUCUAUGUUCUCUGCCUCUUUAAUAGCCUCUUCAGACUUGUAUAAGCAAUCCUUCUAUUAAUAGCAUUGAUUUAAACAUGAUGAUUAAUGUGCAGCUAAUAUGCCCAUGUGGAUCUGUUAUUGAGAAAUUAAAUGCAAUUUUGAUCAAAAUAACAAUAACAAAUAUGAUAAAAUAAUACCAAAAGCCAUUUACAUAAAAACUACAGUGAAAUUUUCUGUGCUGAAAAAUACAGUUUACAUCAAGAAAAUCGUCGGAAAAAGAUGGACUAGUCUUUGCUCUUAAGCUUGGUAUUUGUUUUUGAUCUUUAAAACUAUUAAAAUCUUUGCUUUUACAUGUAUUAAGUGAAUCAGCUGUUUAAGAGCCACUCGCCCUAACCACCGCGUGAGGGGCGGCACAAGUUCGGAAAAAUGGACCCCUUGAUAUUUGGUCCAGAGAUAACCUAGGGUAUGCUAAGAAUCGUUAUAUAAGUUUUAGGUUCUAGAGUUUUUACAUUUUUGAGAAAAUUACAAAAAACCCUUGACAACCCGUGAAGCCGAAAAAUCACAGAAAUGAGGUCCAAUUUCACGAUCAGAUAAUCGAACUCGUGUGAAGGCACAUUAGCAAUUAUGGUUUUCCUUGGUUUAGCAUAGGAGGUAUUGCUAAGCAAGGGAAUUUCUAGACUUUGAAAAUCAAAAAUUCCAUACCGUUUUCAAACAUCUCAAAACAUACUCGGUAUUAAGUAGAAUUCUUUCAAAAUUCAAUUCUAGCAAGUACAAGAGCUGUUUUUGAACGUGAUACAAUUUUUUUCUUGGCAAAAGUUAUUUCUGAGGCAAGCGGUUUCAUGCAAGUUUACCCAAUUUGACCUUUCAAAGAGAUUUUGUUUAAUCAGGAAAUGUAAGCAACUCAACUAGCCUAAACUCGCUUUCUGAGCAAACCGUUGAAAAACCCUGCCAUUUCUCAUUAAAACUACCCACAAACCUGAGAUAAUACUUUGAUGACAGCUUACCUUCCAAAUGGGUGUUUGAAGGCAAAUAAUUUUGAUGUUCUCAGUUAAUUUUUCCAUUGCUCUCUUGUUGCUGUGCUUUAUAAUUUAGGGUCAUAUCUUGAUAUCGAGCUUGCUGAUAGGUGUGUGGACGAAAUAUCAAGGGGUCCAUUUUUUUGUGCCACAUUUCUUCAGUCUCACUUGGUCCCUAUAGAGAGUCGCUCUUAAGUGGUUCAAAGGUGACUGCCUGUGAAGGCAAUAUUGAUGUUUUUAUUUUGGAACCUCUAUAUAAGGAAGGGCCAAGGGUCUGGCAAAAUCAAGGUUCUUUUCUAUGUGUUUAGUAUUACUUGGGUGAGGAAUAUUGUUUGUUUUACGGAGGACUUUUAUAUAGAGGUUUGUUACAUCAAGGUUCCCCUGUAUUUCAGUUUGUGGUGCAGGAAAAUUUUAUUUUCACCCCUAAUGGAUAACAAAAUGUCUUACCUUUGAAAGAUCAAGCAGAGGGAGUAACAGAUGUAGUAGGUCUGUGCGCUGUGAAUGCAAGUUUAUAUUUGUUAUGCCAGUCUAACAGAUGUCACUUCACCUCACCAACAUGUACUUUGAAAACUGCCCCAUAAUGCAGUGAUAAACAUUCUUAUUAAUUCAUGUAUACAAGUCAUGCUAAUGGAAUGAGCCAUCAGUUUUUUUGUGCAGACCAAAUGUGUAAUAAUAUGUCUGACCAAAACAGAGAUUUGAAAGGACACCUCUAAGUACAUGCAAGACAAAUUUUUUCCUGCCUUGGCUCUACAUGAUCUGUUUUUCCUCUGCAUUCGGUGCAGAUGGUAGCGGUGAGAAAUCUGCUGGAGUUGCUUCUGUGUUUUGGAGACUGGGGUCAGCGUCAUUUUGGUAUUAAAACCAAUAAGCUUGUAGAAAGACUUCAGCUAGAGUUUCAUGAUCACUUUGAUCAGCUGUUGCACUUGUUUUGGGGAAAUUGUUUUAAAUUUUAGAAUUUUGGAUUCUUAAUUGACAUUGCAUUAUCAUUUUAGAAAUAAACUCUGAAUUUUUGAACAUGUUGAGAUCACUUAUUGCCUUUCAGAACCAUCAAGAGAGGUGUCCUUACAAGAUUGUCCAGUGCCCAAGUCUAAACUGUGGUGUUAAACUGGCCAGGAACCUGAUUGAGGAGCAUUUAUCGACUGCCUGCCUGUGGAAAAUUGUUACUUGUCAAUUCUGCAAUGACAAUCAUCCAAAAUCCCAAGAACAUAUGCACAAUGAAAGCUGCCCCAUGUUCCCUGUCAGUUGCAUCAAUGGCUGCGAAAAAAUAGUCCCAAGAGGACAGGUGAGACAAUUUGCUAUCCCAGUAAUGUAUGUUAGGUGUGCAGGGGCAGAAAUUAAGCAUGCAAAAAAAGUAGAGAGAAGGCAUCUGGAAAGGCAUAUUGAGGAUCAAACCACAGUUCAUCUGGGCCUUGCCUGCAAGAAAAUCGUCCAGCUUAACCGAGAAUUUGAUCACGAGAAAACCAACCUCAGGAAACAGCUUGAAGACCUGAAGAAAGAAAACGACAACCUCGUCCUUAAGGUAUCUGUUCAAGAGAAAGAAAUGCAAAAGACGAAGACUGAAUCGCCGAUAUUUUUAUGGAAGAUAACGGGCUUCAGCGAAAUGUUACGUCAAGCCAAGAGUGGCAGAAACAACAAAAUGGACAGCGAACCUUUUUACACAGGGCCAUAUGGUUAUAAACUGAAAUUGUCAGUCAACCCCAAUGGUGACGGCUCUGGAAAGAAUACACAUCUCUCAGCAUUUGUUAUCGUCAUGAAAGGUGAAUACGACGCCGUAUUGUCCUGGCCUUUCCACCAGAAGGUCACUUUCACGCUGAUUGACCAGCAAGAUAACACAGACGAACGUGAGAACAUUGUCAUGCACUUCAGAGCGAACCCUAAACUGGAGAACUUUGCGAGGCCCACCGAGGAAGAGAAACCCGGUCGUGGAUACGCGAGGUUCGUGUCACACGAGAGACUGCGGUCACGUCGCUACAUCGUGGAUGACUCGUUAUUCAUUCGAGUUGAUGUAGACUCACCGUAGGGCUAGGUCCAGAGUGUGGAAAGAAAAAAAAAAUGGUAGUAUUGAAGCUAAUUUUACUUAGAUGCUAUUUGAGCUCGUCAUGCGAAGGAAUUCGUAUGGGAAGGAACGGGAAUGGGAAGGAAUGCGUGACAAGCCCAAAGAGCGCAUGCGUGUGAGGCUUAUGAAGUUUCUGAUUUUUUAUGGAAAAAAAAGAAAACAAACAAAUAUUUAAGCACCUUAGCACCCGUUGAUAUGGUAAGGGCAUAUUCCCGAGUUAAAGGUUCGAAAAGAACCCGGGAAUCUUGAAAAAAGCAUAAAAAUUUUUUUCACUGGUUUUAAUGCAUAGUGCACAAUUGGGAUGGCUAAGGGGCCGCCGUCCGCUAAACGGCUUAAGUUUUAAGCAUUAAA